AUGCAGGACCUCAGGGCAGCGCAGGUACCGGGAGGACUCGAGGAAGGAGACAUGUUGGUGCCUGCCACCCACGACUCACUCUACUGCCCGCGACGCCGUACGCAUGAAAGGAUUGUAGAUACUCUCAGCUUGUCAGAGAGGCGCGUCUCCGUCCCGGCACCGUAUCUCCUCUCCUCUGACGACGUUCCUGGGAAGGAACAGGGUUCGGCGGGUGUAGCGUUCGUACGCCUGAGCAUGCCCAAGACCAUGUACGCGUUUUUCUUUGCGGAUGUCGGUGGCCCUUGAACUGUAACGAAACCCCAGAUACUCUUCCCUGCGAAAUAAGGGAGUACUAUAGUGAGGCCUUGUUCCUUUAAACUUUGUCGCAGAGGGGCCGGUGGCCUUUCCGAGGCGGGGGAUGUGACAAUAUUCGCAGAGCAUGACAACCUCCAACACCUUGCUCGACCAGGGGUUGUCGCGCUAUAUUCACUUCUCCGCCUCAUGAGCGUUUCCGCUUCCCGAAAGUGCAGUAUGGGGCUCGAGGUCGCACGCCGAAACUGCCCUUCAUCAAGGUUGACCGAGGUCGGUGGAAAUUGUUCUGCUGUAGCACAGCGUUGGUCCCACUCUGACGGGUAAAAUAAACACGUUUGGCAAGGCAAGCAAGCGAAGGAUGGCGAGCUUCUUGUGUUUUCACAGGCCAAGACCUACCGUGUUGGCUUCGCGCAACGGUUGUUUGUAGCGUCCUCCAUUGGGCUCUUCUGUAGACUGUUGAUUUCCUGAUGUCAAUCCCGAGUUGCUAUGUACAGACCGCGCCCAACGGCUGUCGGGCGACUUGUGUAUCAAGUUUUUUCUGGAGUC